AUGGCAACAAGUGGUAUAGUAUCGAACGAAGGUACACCUUUAAAUUUUAAUCUUCUUAUGAGAGAACCGUCUCGAAAAGUUGAGAUCGAAAACGGUCACGCGGCGAUGGCAGCAAAUGAAAGAUUUCUGGUCUAUUUUGCGAAUCAAAUCCUCGUCGUUAUUGAUCGAAAUGGAAAUGAAAGAUUGAAGCUUAAUAAAUUUAUCGAUCCCUUAGACAUUUGUUGGUCGUCGUAUUUAAAUAAAUUUCUUAUUCUUGGAAGUACAGGUCGUUAUGGUUUAGAUCCGGAAGUAGGUAUCGAAGAUAUUCAAACACCUAAAUCCAAGGGGGAAACAGCUGAUUAUUUGAUUAGACGUGAUUAG